GGGAAGAGGGCGCUUUCCCUCCCCCAACCGGUGGCCUGCGAGAAACAGCGCGGGGUCGAGCGCGGGGGGCGCGCGCGCGCGUGUGUGAGCGAGCUGCUGUUCGGUGAGAAGGAGAGCUUCUAAUGCCGCUGCUGUGAGAUGGCAUCAUUUUGCUGCGCUGUGGCGGCAGCGGCACUAGAGGCAGUGGCGGUGCCAGCAGUCGGGAGCAGUGCCGAGGGUUGAGGGGACAACCCUCCGCCACAGCGAGGGGCCGGCAGCGGCGGCACCCCCACCACCACCCCCCCCCUCCCCAAGCGGCUGGGCUCCGAGCCACGGCUGACGUUGCAGCCUCGGACAUGGCCACAGCCUCCCCGAGGUCUGGAAGCAGUAAUAACUAUAAUGGAAGACUACAAAUGCAAAUAACUAUUUCUAGUGCCAAACUGAAAAGGAAGAAGAACUGGUUUGGUGGAACUGCCAUCUAUACUGAAGUAGUAGCUGAUAGUGAAAUUAAGAAAACAUCUAAGUCCAACAGUUCCUCCAAUCCAAAAUGGGAUGAACAGUUGACUGUGAAUGUGACUCCACAGACCACUUUGGAAUUUAAAGUUUGGAGCCAUCAUACUUUAAAAGCCGAUGCUUUAUUAGGAAAAGCCACUGUGGAUCUUAGGCAAGCUUUGGAAAUACAUAAUAGAAGAUUAGAACGAGUCAAAGAACAGUUGAAACUCUUACUGGAAAACAAGAGUGGUUUGGUGCAAACAGGAGAACUGAUAAUAGUGCUCGAUGGUUUGGUGCUUGAACCAGAAUCUCACACAAACCACACUUCACUAGUAACCAUAGAAGUCCAGCAAAAUGGUGAUGCUUUACAUGAAAACAGAGAAACAUCUGCAAGAACCACUUCCAGUACAGACAAUCAGACACCAUCAAGCUCUGUAGUACAAGUCUCAUUCCCUAUACAUGCAGUUAAUGGAGACAGUGGAGACAGCACACCAUCUCCUCCUCCUAUUGUGGCCAGACCCAAAAAUACACCAGCACCAAAACCACUUACAAGUGAGCCCGACAGCAACCUUGUUAAUUACGAGUCAUCUAUGAUGGAAGCUGAUAAUCAUUCAACCUCUGAAACUCCUAUGGAUUCUGCAGACGCACCCUCUCUCUCUGCAGACUGCAUUACUACUACAACUAUGACAGUGACGACAACAACGACUACUACUACUAUUACUGGUAGUACUUUAGAAUCUCGUUUAGGAACAGAUGCCACUGCUAGUAGCUUUGAAAGUAGUGCAUCUACAGCUGGACUUGAAACUGUUGCUCCUACAGAUUCUGCAUCUUCUAAUACACGAAACAAUGCAACAACAGAAGCAAAACCAAGGGAAUCUUCAAAUGUAUCUGGGGAAGCUGUAAGACAGCAGCCCAGUAAUAACAGCAUAGAACCUUUACCCCCUGGAUGGGAACAAAGAAAAGAUCCUCAUGGUAGAACCUAUUAUGUUGAUCACAACACAAGAACAACAACUUGGGAGAGGCCUCAGCCUUUACCACCAGGAUGGGAAAGAAGGGUUGAUGAUCGUGGAAGAGUUUAUUAUGUGGACCAUAACACGCGAACAACAACAUGGCAGCGACCAACAAUGGAGUCAGUCAGGAACUUUGAACAGUGGCAAUCUCAGCGAAACCAGUUACAGGGAGCUAUGCAACAGUUCAACCAACGAUACUUGUAUUCGGCUUCAAUGCUGACAGCUGAAAAUGAUCCACUUGGUCCUUUACCGCCAGGCUGGGAAAGGAGGGUUGAUUCAAACGAUAGAGUUUACUUUGUAAAUCACAACACAAAGACAACACAGUGGGAAGAUCCACGGACUCAAGGUUUACAAAAUGAAGAUCCCCUUCCUGAGGGCUGGGAAAUCAGAUACACUAGAGAAGGUGUAAGAUACUUUGUUGAUCACAAUACACGAACAACUACUUUCAAUGAUCCUCGUACUGGUAAAUCAUCUGUAAAUAAAGGACCACAAAUUGCUUAUGAACGCAGCUUCAGGUGGAAACUAGCUCAUUUCCGUUACUUAUGUCAGUCAAAUGCUUUGCCAAGCCACGUGAAAAUCAAUGUAUCCAGACAAACACUGUUUGAAGAUUCCUUUCAGCAGAUCAUGGCUUUAAAACCAUAUGACUUAAGAAGACGAUUGUAUGUCAUAUUCAGAGGAGAGGAAGGAUUAGAUUAUGGUGGCUUGGCCAGAGAAUGGUUCUUCUUGCUUUCCCACGAAGUGCUAAACCCUAUGUACUGCUUAUUUGAAUAUGCUGGAAAGAGCAACUACUGCCUACAGAUAAAUCCAGCAUCAACAAUAAAUCCAGAUCACCUUUCAUAUUUCUGUUUCAUUGGACGGUUUAUUGCUAUGGCACUGUUUCAUGGCAAAUUCAUUGAUACAGGGUUUUCCCUGCCAUUCUACAAGCGCAUGCUAAAUAAGAAACUUACAAUAAAAGACCUGGAAUCUAUAGAUACUGAAUUUUAUAAUUCCUUAAUUUGGAUAAGGGACAACAACAUAGAAGAGUGUAACUUGGAAAUGUAUUUCUGUGUUGACAUGGAGCUACUAGGGAAAGUUACCUCGCAUGAGUUGAAAUCAGGAGGGUCAAAUUUACUUGUAACUGAAGAGAACAAAGAAGAAUACAUUGGCCUGAUGGCCGAGUGGCGGUUUUCGAGAGGAGUGCAAGAACAAACCAAAGCUUUCCUUGAUGGAUUUAAUGAAGUUGUUCCCCUUCAGUGGCUACAGUAUUUUGAUGAAAAGGAGUUGGAGGUUAUGCUCUGUGGCAUGCAAGAGGUUGAUUUGGCAGAUUGGCAAAGGAACACUGUUUAUCGCCAUUAUACAAGAAAUAGCAAGCAAAUAAUAUGGUUUUGGCAGUUCAUAAAAGAAGCUGACAAUGAAGUCCGUAUGCGACUACUGCAGUUUGUCACUGGUACCUGCCGAUUACCACUAGGAGGAUUUGCUGAGCUUAUGGGAAGUAAUGGUCCCCAGAAAUUCUGCAUUGAAAAAGUUGGCAAAGAAACAUGGCUACCAAGAAGUCAUACAUGUUUUAAUCGUUUGGAUUUACCGCCUUAUAAAAGUUAUGAACAGCUGAAAGAAAAGCUUCUUUUUGCAAUUGAAGAAACAGAAGGAUUUGGACAAGAAUAAAAGUCAAGUUUUUUUUUUUUUUACACACCAGAGCAACUAAAUUGCACAGCUAAUUGUAUAUAAGUCUUUUCUUCUGUACAGUGACUUUUUUUGGAACUCAGACUGUUCUGUUCUUCCACAAAGAUAUGCAAAACAAUUUUACCUUCUUUGCUUUAUUUAUUUCCCCUUCAGAGACUGGCCAGAAUAAAAUUGAAGCAGAAAGACUUUAUUUUAAAAAAGUAUAUAAAUACACAGCAAUGAGCUCUAGUUUUAUAGAGCUGUAAACUUAUAAAAUAUCACAGCCACUCAGAAGAGUCAGGCGUUUUUUUUCUCGGCUUUGUUCAGAAAAUGUGCAGACUGCCCUGUAUUCUUCUUUCUUAUGCAACAUCUCCAAGAUUAUUCUUACUGCAUGGCUGUUAUAAAAGGUGUUAAAGGCUUAGGCCAAAUACAUCCUUACUAUGUAGAAACAUGCUGCUGGCUUUUUGAGGUGAUAGAAUGAGAUAUUCUGUCAGCUUAAUUUUAAAAAAUGUAAUAGCUCAUAACCCUCUUUGCUACAUCUCUGUAGCCAAAGUCAUGAGUAAAGCCUAUUACUUGCACAAAAGUAAUGUACAAUUAAAUGAAUGUUAUUGUUAAGACAUUGGUGCCACUGUUCUGACUUACUGUAGAAGCUGAACAGACUAUUUUAAUUGAGCAGCAUUGAAAAUUGUUUACAUAUUAUCUUGGGUUAUUUCCAAGAGAACAGUAGGUAAUCUUCAAGAAAAUAAAUAAAUAAUUCUUAUAUAUUUUGUCCUGGUCUGGUAUCUUAGCUCUUCAAAAGACAUUGGUAAUAAGCUUCAACUUCAUAGGCAACCUGAUUUGAAAUUUAGGAGGAAGUAAAAUGUAAUGUGAAUUGUUCAUUUUUGUGAAUAUAAAACUCCAAAUGGAAAGUUACAUAGGCUUUGCACAACUGAACUAAUUUUAUUAUUGUCAAUAUUCUCAUCCCAUACAUUCAAGGGAAAAUCCAGAUAUUCUUAAGUAUCUCUAAAUUGUUUUAUAUAGGCUAAGGCUUAUUUGUCAUAAAUGCACUAUAUCGAAUUUUUAAAAAUUGUUUUAGCAGUAUUGAGAAACAACAUACUGCAAAUGUGUAAUGAAUUCUACAAUACUGAUGUGAAUUCAAAGCUACUUUUAGCAAACUGCGCUUCCUUAUUAUAAUAACAUUUUUAAUUACCAUUUGUAUCAUGCUUUCAAUAUUCACUGUAAAUUCCAUUAAAUUUAACUUAUACA